CGUAGCUGCCGCGCCCGAUCUCCGCCAGCAGACUGUAGUGCGGCCGCGGGGACCCGCCACCGCCCUCCGUCCAUCACCGCGCCAGGUAGGCCUCGCCCGGGAGGUAGCCAAACUCACUAUGAGCCCCUGCUGAUCCCUGUGGGCAGGCUGUUUCGACCAAAUGAGAGACAAGUGGCUCAGCUGGCCAAGGAUUACCUAGGCAAGGCGACGGUCGUGGCGUCUGUGGUGGAUCAAGGCCGUUUCUCUCGGUUUGCCCCUCUGCAACCACAGGCAGCUGAGCCUCCACCCAGCCGGAAAACCCCAGAGAUCUUCAGGGCUCUGGAAGGGGAGGCUCCUGUGCUCUUCGGGUUUGUGCCUGAGACAAAAGAAGUGCUCCAGCUCAUGCCAGGGAACAUUGUCUUUGUCUUGAAGAAGGGCAAUGACAGCUGGGCCACGGUCAUGUUCAACGGGCAGAGGGGGCUUGUUCCCUGCAACUACCUUGAACCAGUUGAGCUGCGGAUCCACCCUCAGCAGCAGCCCCAGGAGGAAAGCUCUCCAGAGUCUGACAUCCCAGCUCCUCCUAGUUCCAAAGCCCCUGCAAGACCCCAGUUGUCACCAGGUCAGAAACAAAAAGAAGAGCCUAAGGAAGUGAAGCUCAGUGUUCCCAUGCCCUACACACUCAAGGUGCGCUACAAGUACACGGUAGUCAUGGAGACUCGGCCCGGGCUCCCCUACAGCGAGGUCCGGGACAUGGUGUCUAGGAAGCUGGUGCUCCGGCUGGAACACGCUAAGCUGAGCUAUCGGCCUCGGGACAGCAAUGAGCUGGUGCCCCUUUCAGAAGAGGGCAUGAAGGAUGCCUGGGGCCAGGUGAAAAACUCCCGCCUGACUCUGUGGUGUGAGAACACAGUGGGUAACCAAGGCUUUCCAGAUGAACCCAAGGAAAGUGAAAAAGCUGAUGGUAAUAGCCAGACAACAGAACCUCAGCUUAAGGAAGGCAGCCAAGUGGUAGCACUCUUCAGUUAUGAGGCUACCCAACCAGAGGACCUGGAGCUUCAGGAAGGGGAUAUAAUCCUGGUGCUAUCAAAGGUGAAUGAAGAAUGGCUGCAAGGGGAGUGCAAAGGAAAGGCUGGCAUUUUCCCCAAAGCUUUUGUUGAAGAAUGCGCUACUACAGAUUUGGAA